CGGGUUCCGGGCGUGCGAGCCGUCGCGGCCUCGGCAGGUGGACUCGGCCGCCGAGGGGGCGUUGCCUGGAAAGGGCCCCCGCGGAGGCCGGAAGCCCGAGUCGCCGCCGGCGACACCUGGGCCCUAGUCUCCCGCCAGGCUCCGGGAGAAACGGCCCCAGAAAAGAGACUGCGGAGAACUGCCUUGGUUCAGUGUCCGUGAGCCCUUGGGGCGAUUUUCGGCUUUUAGCGUCUGUUGGUUUAACCCUCUCCCCUACUCCGUUCCCCAAAGUUUAAAGUUUUUAUUUUAUAUUUACUCAUUUUUGUCAAUCCUGCUUGUCUAGCAUUGUUUUUCUACAGGUGCUUUCUCUGAGAGGGCAGCAGGGAGGGAGAAAUGGCCGGAAGGUUGCUGCCAGCCCAGGCACAGGACACAGAGAUGGCCCAUGGUGAUGACAGAACUAGGACCCAGUGACCUCCCUUCCAGGCAAGCCAGGUGGUCUCCCAACUAUUCCUCCCUAAGUGAGUGUGCUGGCGCCUCCUUCUAAAACCUAACUCUUAUGUGUCAUCUGUAAGAUGAGAAUUUGGUCUAGGUGACUGUACAUUUCCAAGUCUAAAGUUCUGUGUUUCUCUCAUUUUGUUUCAUAAUUUCAAGUGCUUAUCUUGUUUGGCUGCUGUGUUUAAGCUUUCUGAGGGGGCACCAUGCUUUGCUCAUAGUAGAUGCAUGAUAAAUACGUGUUCAGUAACUGAGAGGUUGUCCAGAAAUACUUGACUUGAAAUACUUAGAACCCUGAGUUGUGACAGGGUUGCUUCGCAGUCUUCCCAUUGUGAGGAUGGUCCUGGGUGAGCAGGAAUGGGUUUGCCAUUCCAGGAGUCUGUGACAUUCAGGGAUGUGGCCGUGCUCUUCAGCCAGGAUGAGUGGUUGCACCUGGACUCUGCCCAGAGAACCUUGUACCACGAGGUGAUGCUGGAGAACUACAACAACCUGGUCUCACUGGGGAUUGUGUUUUCCAAGCCAAAGGUCAUCUCCCAGUUGGAGCAAGGGGUGGACCCCUGGAUGAUGGAAAAUGGGAUUCCUCAAGGCCCACUUCUGGGAUGGGAGAGCUUGUUUGAAACCGUUGUUUCUGAAGACGAAAAUCAGGAAGUCAUGAAAAAACUCAUAGUCGAUAGUCCUUUUGACUUCAAGUUGGGAAAAACCUACAUAAAUGAGGACAAGAUAGAGAAGCAACAAGACAGAAAGAAACUCUUCAGGAAAGUGUUAGUUACCAUCAAAAAAAUCUACAUGGAGAGGAACUUUAAAGGUAUUGAACUUGGGAAAAAUCUUGAUCUAAAAUCAUCACUUAUUAGAAAACCCAGAAUUGUUUCUAGAGGAAGGAAACCUCAUUCACAGCAGUAUUCAAUUCUGUUUAAACAAUUAGGAGUCAACACUGUGCGUAAAUGUUACAAAUGUAAUAUCUGUGGGAAAAUCUUCCUCCACAGUUCUUCCCUGAGUAAACAUCAGAGAAUCCAUACUGGAGAAAAGCUGUAUAAAUGUAAGGAAUGUAGGAAAGCGUUCAGCCAAAGCUCCUCCCUAACUCAGCACCUGAGAGUUCAUACUGGAGAGAAACCUUAUAUAUGUAGUGAAUGUGGAAAAGCUUUCAGUUUUACCACAUCUCUUAUUGGACACCAGAGAAUGCAUACUGGAGAGAGGCCCUAUAAAUGUAAAGACUGUGGAAAAACAUUUAAAGGUAGUUCAUCCCUUAAUAAUCAUCAGCGAAUUCAUACUGGAGAGAAGCCCUAUAAGUGUAAUGAAUGUGGGAGAGCCUUUAGUCAGUGCUCAUCUCUCAUUCAACACCAUAGAAUUCAUACUGGAGAGAAACCAUAUGAAUGUAGUCAGUGUGGGAAAGCCUUUACUUCAAUAUCGCGGCUAAGUAGACACCAUCGAAUUCAUACUGGAGAGAAACCCUUUCAUUGUAAUGAAUGUGGAAAAGUAUUCAGUUACCAUUCAGCCCUUAUUAUACAUCAGAGAAUUCACACUGGUGAGAAACCGUAUGCAUGUAAAGAAUGUGGGAAAGCCUUCAGCCAAAGCUCAGCUCUUAUACAGCAUCAAAGAAUUCACACUGGAGAAAAACCCUAUAAAUGUAAUGAAUGUGGGAAAGCCUUCUCCUGGAUUUCACGGCUUAAUAUACAUCACAGAAUUCACACUGGAGAGAAACCAUAUAACUGUAAGGAAUGUGGAAAAGCCUUCAGUUCCCACUCAGGAGUUAAUACUCAUCGAAAAAUUCAUACUGGAGAGAAACCUUAUAAAUGUAAUGACUGUGAAAAAGCCUUCAACCAAAGCUCAGCUCUAAUUCAGCACCAGAGAAUUCACACUGGAGAGAAACCGUAUAACUGUAAAGUAUGUGGGAAAGCCUUCAGACAAAGUUCAUCCCUUAUGACACAUAUGAGAAUUCAUACAGGAGAAAAGCCUUAUAAGUGUAAAGAAUGUGGGAAAGCUUUCAGUCAGAGCUCAUCUCUUACUAAUCAUCAGAGGACUCAUAAUUGAGAAAUACUAUAUAAAUAAAAUGCAUGUGGGAAAUUUUCCAACUGAAGUUUAUUCCAUAGUGAAUAUCAAAGAAUCCAUCCUGGGAAGAAAAUGAUGAAGAGUAGUUAAUUGUGGAUGAAACUUCAGAAGUUAGACCUCAUCAAACAUCAGAGACUUCAUGAUGCAGGGUAACCUUGGGAAUAUUAGGAAAGCUUCUGUAAAAUGUUUAUUCAUAUGUUCUUAAGUUAUUACUAUAAAGUUGAAAAUUUGUUAGGUUGCAGGGUUAAUAUUCUUUUAUUUUCUUUCUAGUGAUGUAUGAUAACAGCCACCAGCUUCUAUAAGCAUCACUGGAAAGCCUGCUGCUUUAUGUGAAAAUGCAGCCAUAAAAUCCAGACUUCAGAUAAUCUAGGAAUCUAUUUUUCUGAAACUACAUUUAAGUGUUAUGCAAGCCGGUUGUACUAGGAAGAAUGUUUUAGAAAAGAAAUGUAUACAGAUGACCUGUAGCUACCUCACUGUCACUAAAAUUUGAGUUUUUUAUAAUCUUAAAGCAAAUUCUGUACUUGGUGGUGGUUAAAACUUUUGGGUGGUUUCUCUGCUUUCUAAGCCAUUCACCUGAGAAGAAAAUCACUCUGUAAACUAUGCAGUUACACUGUCCUUUCAGUUUUCUUCCUACUUGUUCUGAACUCUGAAUUAGAUCUAAAGUCACUUUAAGUCAUAAAAUUCAUGGUGUUUCACUUGUUUUUCUGAUAAAGUGAUUACCUUUGCUGUGUUGAAUCAAGAAGUAAAGGUUAUUCAGACAGUUA